AUGUCCGGCACAUCGAUCGAAGUGGAAUCCUUCGUUGUGGAUCAAGUCAGAUGCCCGGAUUGCUCGUUAACCUGCCUUCAAAAGAACAUUUAUCGUCAUAUGACUCAAAUUCACGAGUGGACGAGUGAAGACUGCAAAGCUCUCGUCACAGCGAUUCGGAACGAACGAAAGAAUCGAGAAUCCACGACCUCAUUCGCCUGUUCCAGUUGUAGAGUGCUUUUUAGAAGUGUAAAACAUCUAGUGAUGCAUAAAAAGCGCUGCUCUCAAAAUCCAAAUUACGCUCAUCCUGGUACCGGCAUGUUUCUAGAUGAGAUAAUUGACGACGGUGGUCCAGAGGAGGUGGUUCGAGACUUUGAAGAAGACGUUCCAGAAGAUUCGAAGCCCUCCACAUCAUCUUCCACAGCUGAUCAUCAUGGCUACAGUAUGAUGGGACCGCCCCAUCGCCAGGUUGCACGACCCAUCCAGCAACAUCAAUUGCCUAGACCCCCUCGAAUCCUAUCCAGCACCGAUCGUAAGCUCGAAUUCCCUCUCGGUCAUUCACCUGGAAAAGGACCGUACGCCCGGCCACGUGGCAAUCAGAUGAAGUGUCCAGAGUGUCCAGUAACCACCGAAUCAGUGGACUCGCUGAUAAAUCAUUGUCAGCAACACCACGAGUCACCGGAAAAGAAGUUUUUGCAAGAAAGGAGAGCUUUCGAGACGAUGCAAGAUUUUAAGAAAUGGUUCGAUCAGCGGCAAGAGGACACCUGCACCUCGCUCACCAAACGAACUGGACACGGUGGAGAAACCCUGUAUCGUUGCCACCGGGUCGGAAAGUACCGUAGUGUCGCCAAAUCCAGAAAGUCGAAUCCGAGAAAAGUGGAUCAGACGUGUACGGCGUAUUUGAAGGUCCAAAUCGGCGACGACGGUGUCAUUUGGGCAACUGGCUGCUUCACCCAUAUCGGUCACGACCUGGACCAUAAACUGCUAUGGCUUACCGAGACCCAGGAGAACUAUGUUCGAGAAUUGAUCGAUUUGGAUUGGACGUCCGAUCAGAUUUUCUUCUUUAUUCGCAACGAAUACAAGGAUUACGAUUGUAAAUUGAAAUAUGUGUCGAAAAAUGAUAUUAGAAACAUCACCGUCCGCUACGACCGUCUUAAGAAGGCCGGCCGUGUUCGAGAUUCGUCCAAUGAGAAGCCGAAAGAAGACGUGCUGGAUUCAGAAGACGUGACAGGAGAAGUAGAAGAAGAAUCAGAGCCUAAAAUUCCAAGAAUUGAGGGGCCCGAAGAGGGGGCGGAGUCAAAAGAAGAGGAAGAAAUAGUGACUUCUGAAGUUGUAGACGUGACGAAUAUGAUUGUGGUUGACGACGUCAUCGUUGAAGAUGUUAAGCAAGAUGAAGAGGAGGAGUUCAUCAAUGUGGUCGACGAUGAUACGAUGCCAGAAUUACAGAAAGUGACUUAA